AUGUCGUCUGGUGUCCAGCCGGUUGCCGAGUGCCUCGAGAAGUACCAGGAGCUCAAGACGGGCAAGAAGCUCGCAUACAUCAUCUACGGCAUCAGCGACGACAAGAAGUCGAUUGUCGUGCUCAAGACGAGCGAGAGCCGUGACUUUGAGGACUUUGUCGCCGACCUCCCGGAGCGCGAAUGCCGUUGGGCCGUGUACGACUACGAGUUUGAGCUGCCUGGCGAGGGCAAGCGCAACAAGCUCGUCUUUGUCCAGUGGUCGCCCGACGACGCUAACAUCCGCAACAAGAUGAUCUACGCUUCAUCCAAGGACGCCAUUCACCGCCGCCUCGAGGGCAUCCACAUUGACCUCCAGGCCACGGACUACUCUGAGAUCACCAAGGAGACGAUCUUUGACAAGGCCACCCGCCGUUAA